GUUAUCGGCUGACCGCCACAAUCUAUCGUUCGACUACUAAUUCAUUCAUUACUUUCUAUUAUUUGUUGUAAAUAUUCUUUUAAAAUGCAGAAAUAAGCGCGUAAAUCCAAUCCAAAAUAAUCCAAUAUGAGGCAUUAAAGUGUAAGCUGGACUCUGUGAAUGUUGUUUGCCACGAAAUAUAGCACAAUUGCGUUUUUUUCACCUGCCAAGUGUGCGCACAAGGACGGUGCUGUUGUCGUCGUUGACGUCGUCUUUUCGCUGUAAUUUUCCCAGUGCCAAAAAUAAAAAAAGAUAGUUAAAUAGCGCUGCAGCAGCGAAUGCUGUCAAUGGGUACCUGGAACUAGGCGCGCGCUAAAAGGGAACACCUGGUUCAAGAAUCCAUUCAAUAAUGCAGACGCCAAGACGAUGACGAAGACGACUAUGAAAAUUCAUCAGUUUUGAAAUACAUAUAUGUUAUGUAUUUGUGUAUGUAGCUGAAGCGGAAACUGGAAACGAAAAAUACUCACACAACACGCUCAGAUAAGCACAAAAUUGCAAGAUAAGAAAAAAACAAUACAUGCCAAACAACGAAACGCCUCCGCCAAAGCUCUCUAUCUCUAACGGAAUACACUCGAAAUCGUAAUGAGUUGGCUUCGAACGAGUCCAUUGCGUCAGAGUCUCACACGGAGCAGUGGCAGCUCUGGCAGUGGCAACACUGGCGCUACAACAGCACUUCGCCAACGGCCCAUAGACGCUGCCACGGACUGUGAUCCGCGCGCCUGCUACGAUAGCUUCUGUAAGCACUGGCAGCAGGCGCAUGAGAUCAUCCAACAUGCUGCGGGUCCACCCACCCACGAUGAUGUGCUGGGCGUGGUAUCACAUCUGGAUUAUAUGGUUACCUUAUUGCUGGUGGAGUUGCAUCAUUGCAACAAAGUUUCACUGCCCACAACGGAUGCUGCACCACCGGCAGCGCCCUGUUUGGAAUAUCUGCUAAGCGAGAAUCUGCUGGACAAGCUCUACGAAUGGGCGAGCACAACGGGACGCUAUGCGAACGCCGUGCGUCUGGAGCAGCUGAAGCUAUAUGAACUGCUCGUCAGUCAUUCACGUCAUCAGCUGCUGUGUCACGAGCCGUUCCUGCGGCCGCUCCUUAAGAUUCUGGCCUCCAGUCAGGGAGAGAUCUUUCCACCCGAUCUGGAGAAACGUCUGGUGAUCCUGCUAAACCAACUGUGUGUGGUGCUCAUGCAAAAUGUCCAUUUGCUCGAUUUGUUCUUCUUCUCGGCACAGACACAGGUGCAGGAGCAAAUACAAAACGGCAGCUUGCCGGAGCCGAAAAGUGGCACCACUACCAACUUCAUCAUCUUCUCAUUGCUCAUACCGUAUGUGCAUCGGGAAGGAAGCCUUGGCCACCAGGCACGGGAUGCUCUUCUACUCUGCAUGGCGCUGUCGCAGAAGAACUCCAACAUUGGCCACUACAUUGCACAAUACUCGUCCAUUUGCCCACUGCUCGUCACUGGCCUCGGUGGUCUCUAUUCCCGCCUGCCCAACAGCAUCGAGAUCAGCUCCAUCGAUUGGCAUCGCAUUACACCCGAUGAUGUCACUGAAAUCCCCGAGCUUACGUUGUUUAUGAAUGCCCUAGAGUUCUGCAAUGCGGUGGUGCAGGUGGCACAUGAGAUGAUCAAGCAGCAGUUGCUGGAUUUCAUGUAUCAGGGAUUCAUUGUGCCGGUGCUGGGACCGGCCAUACUCCAGACACUGAAGGGCAAACAUUUUCAGACGAACAUCGACUCACAAAUCUCGGCCAUGUCCUAUCUGGAUCUGAUCCUGCGCUCUAUCACGGAACCCGGCUUGAUGCGUGCCUUUAUCAAAUUUCUGCUGGACACUGAGAAGUUCGAUGGUGAACGCAUUUUGGACGCGCUCGUGGAGCGUCUUCAUUCGCCGGAUGCGAAUCUGUGCAUGGUGACAAUGGCUCUAUUUGAUACGCUGCUGGGACUGCACUGUGAGGAUCUGAUGCUAGAGCUGUUGCUGAAAUAUAUGUUACCUGGCAAGCAUGUGCCCAUCUCACAUCGUCACAAGAUCAACAAAAUCGAUCCAUAUCUGAACACUACAGAGUUCUUCUUGGAACUCACGCCGGACGUGAUGAAGCGAGCACGUGAUCUGGCGCGUCCCAAAAGCUUGGAGCUGUCGGAACCGGUAGCAACAUUAAUGUUGCCCAGCCUACCCUCGCCGGUCAUGAGCAAGACAAUCGGCGCCAACUGGAACUAUUAUGGCCACUAUGCGGGCGACAGUUUGUAUGCCAAUAUCCAGGCGUAUCUCUUUGAGGCACAUUCAAGGAUCGCACAAUGCCAACGCGACUGCAUCAAGUGGGCGAAUAACUAUCGCUAUCAGAAAUGGCCACGACAAGGUCAGGUGCGUGCCACGGCACACGCUCUGGAGCUGGCCAAGCAGUUCUUUAGUGAAUUUGGCACAGCAACUCCGGUUGUAGUGCCUGCCGUUAGUGAGCUUGGCGAGAAGCAGCUGGACAGCCUGCAAUCCAUUGGUGAAUCCAGCGGGUAUGAGUCUUUCAAAUGGCGACCUGCCGAUGAGGAUGCCGAUGGGAACGAUGUGACCACAACAACAGUGGCAAGCGACGCGGAUCUAGAGCACAGCAACAGCAAUCACAACAACAGCAGCACGAUCAGCAGCGGACGACGUGAUUCAUGGCGCAUCUCGCACAGCACACGGAAUGAAUUGCUGCUCACCGAUUUGGAUUUCUCGGAGGAUUUGUUUGCGCAGGGCACCGUAAGCUUAGGUCCCUUUCUCAAUGCCAUUUGGGGCAAACUGCAAACCUUUACGAGCAACUCGUUGUACGUCAAUCUGCAUUUGACCGGGCUGAUAACGCGACUCGCUUGGUAUCCCUUGCCGCUUAUCCACUCGCUGCUUCUGCGUUCUGACAUUGCCAUCACCUCGGACACGCCUUCGUUUCAUCAAGUGCUGCGCAUGCUUAAGCAACAAAUUGAUGCCGAGCUGCCAGUGGCUGAGAAUUCGCUGGAGAUUGUCGAUGUGGCACGUUCGUAUCUGAUUGAUCGCGAAUUCCGUUUGGUGAAUGCGCGUAAAGUGGGCGAAAACUCGCCGUUGCAUCAACAGCAGCAGCAGCAUCAACAACUGGCUAACAAUUCCACACAGCAACAGGGACAGCAGCGUUCCGCAUAUGCCACAUUAUCGGCGGCAACACCGGUGCAAGCAUCUCCCAGCAGCGCCUACGAUCCAUUCAGACGAAGUGAUAACAAGCGUCGCAGCAUCAGCAAGUCCAUAACGAGCAUGUUCAGCCGAAGAUCUGCAUCAUCCACAGCACCAGCAACCAGUAAUCCCGCUUCAUCUGGCUUAUCACAAAUUUACGCAUUCUUCACCGGCGCCGCUUCCACUUUGGUGGGAGGAAAUAGCUCCGAGGUGAAUGCACGUGGCGCAUCGCAGGAUAAUUCAAGAGGCAACACCUGUGAGACGAGUCUGAGCACAACGCCGCGACACGAGGCACAGUCUGCGGGAACUGGAGCGGCCAGCAGCAACAAUAGCUCCAUGGGCGGCUCCUCACAAACAUUAUCCGGCACACACUCAUCGAGCACACUGCAUGGCAACGAGAGUGGAGGUCUACAAACAGGCAGCUUUAAUUCGGAGCCUGUAUCGUUGGACUCGGUGGCCUCGAUGGGCAUCAUAGCCAAUACCAGCGGUACAGAACGUUCACGAGAUCUGGCCUUGUGCGCUGUACUGCUGGACGAAUGGCUCAAGGAACUGGCGGCAAUUGCUUUGGAGCAAAGCGUCGUUUUGGUCACAGAGCAAUUACUUUGACAACGGACAGGCAGUUAUGUAAUACACAAUGGUUAUCGGAUUUGUUGAUGUUUAUUUAUUUAACCAGUUCAAUUAUUUUUUAAUGAUACCUUAUUUUUUGCUGUUAAACUAUCCAAAUUGUUUUAGUUUUUAUGUAAUUUUUACCCAUUUCGUACGAACAAAGUCGCACUUUUGAACAGAUUUACAUUAAAAAUCACUCGUUAAUAUAUGUAGUCCUUAAGUUUAAAAUUGUAAUCAAAAAUUUGUUGCUAGCUGGCAAAACAGACAAUUUUUAAGUGUUCAAAUGUAAAAUUAUUCUAAUUACAAGUAAUAGGCAUAUUAAUAUUAUAUAUACACCUUAAUAUAAAAAUAGUCGGAGAAAAGAUAAGAAAGUUUUUACACCACAGAAUACCAUUUAAAUAUGUAAACAUAUUUGUCUAUUUUUGCAAUAUAUAUUUUAUGCUUUUAUGUACAUAUAUUCAACAUGAAAUUAUUCAGAGCUUUUAACUAACGAGAAAGUAUUAAAUUGGUCCAAUUAAUCAAAACAGCACACACAAA